CCUCACCAUUCGGCGUUAUUACUGAUUCAACCCGCUUGCUAGACGGACCUAUGUUGUGAGUGUACUCUGAACUUUUCACAGAUUUUUGUGUACACAAUCAGAUUUUACGCAAUUUACGCGGACGCCUGUAAUGUAAAGUGAUGACUGAGGUUAUGGUAGUGAGGGAGAGGAAGCAAGAAAUACUAAUAAUGCCCCCACAAUCACAAAUUCAAGAAUUCCAGAUGACCGUUGGUCUGAAGAGAAAGAUGGAGGUAGGUGAACAGGUUCCCUGCACUGCUCCUAAGAAACGACCUGAACCUGUUGAGGUUAAACUAGAUGAAGAAUCAGCUCAAUCCAUUCAGUUUUCCCCACCCAGGACCAAUGAUUUCCCCUUGGAUACAGUAUCCCCUGUAUCCCCCCUACGAGAGGAGGAUAUCCACCAGGUUCCUACCGCCAAGCGGAGGCUAGAGGAUCCUGAGGAUAUCCCUACAAAGAAAAUAUGUAGUUUUAAGGAAUUAGCGGAGGAUUCCCGGCCUCCGAGCAGUCUCGAGGAUCCCAUCAUCCAUCCUCUCAACUCCAUGAAGGAGGAUGAGAAUGAGAACAAGGAGAACCUUGUCUGCUUAAAGACCAUCACGGAGAACCAGAACUUUGACUCAAUCCUAGCCAAGACAUUGCUUGCUGCCCGGGCUGAUAAGAAAGCCGAACUAAGUCCUAAGGUGGUCGUUGAACACCAAGACCUCCCUUCUAUAUACGAACUUGGACAAAUUCGGGAGUUUGGGCACCAGGACGACGAGAGUGACUCUGACGACGAAAGUUCUAUGUUUGACACUCCACCCAAAAGUCAUUUUGAUCGGUUCUGGACAUCCUCUGGUGUUAGCAAUACAACUACCACACCCCCUCUGGUCUCCACCUACCAGUUUCUAGAGCAUAGCAAUCAAAGGAUCGAAUGUGAUGAAAACGGAAAAUCUUAUCUUCAGCUUGGAACCAUGAAUCAUCAUCAUAUACCUGUAACUCCAGUACUCCAACCUAAACCAACAAUACUAGCGCCAAGGCGUCCUAUCCCCGCCUGCCGACCUUCUCCGCCCCACCGCCCGCCCAACCCUACUCCGCCUUGUGAACACGCCCAUAUGUCUCCGCCCCGGGGAUGCUCCGCCUCCUGCUACCGCCAGAAAAGAAGUGAUAUGCUUAGUCUUAGCUUACAUAAACUCCACAUGGCCCGGCAAAGAUCCGAUUCCUCACUCCGUCGCUCUGUUCUCAUUUGUAACAUGCUCCGAUAUAUUGAAGAGGAAUCAAACUGUGAACAGCGUCAGCAUGAAGCAGCAGCAUAUCAUCAAGAACAGGAACAAGAGCAGACAUAUUGGUCUCCUGCUCAACAGUCAUUCGUCCCACCCCCUACUCCAAAUCCUUACAGAGAGAACUCCUUUAACUCGGAGAGCUUUGAAGCUCCUUUGAAGGAUUUUAACUCGGCCUUUCGUCAGACCCAGCUUUCUAGUUCAGAGUCGGAGGGGGAGGAGGACAGAGGAAUCAAUUGGUCAUCCGUCCUUUCUCUUACAUCACAGAACGAACUUGAUCCCAUGAACAAUAAUUCUUUCAGUGAAUCCGGCGGCCUGUGGCCGGCUGUUGGCCCGGACUUAACGGAAGUAGAUUUAACACAGAACAGUUUUGACGAUAUAUCCUGGAAACUGUCGCCGAUUUCGGCGGACGAAGUUAUGAAAGCUUUUCCCGAGGAUAACAUGUUCCAAUGCGCGGCCUAGAAAUGGAUUGCUGGUUCGGUCAGCUCCGACGCCGGCCAUCCUAGCUGUCGGUUUUCGUCCUGCGGACCAAUACCGGCCAGAUGGCCGAUUCCGAGUUGUGCCGUUCCGGCAGAAAAGUCCACUUUUUCCCAAAUCAAAAAUGGUUUCCCGAGCUUUUAAACUUUGAACCUUUGAUACUUAAAAGUCUGUGAUAAGUGGAUCCCCCGGGGGGGCUGGAUGUGUGGUGCCCCCCCCCCCCUAGGCCGUGUAUACUAAACUGUGAUCUAUAUAACCGUACCUGCUCAUUUUAAGCAUAAAAGGACACUAUUCGCACGAUCGGUUUAUCCCUUCGCACUGUGCAAUCUUGAAUCUUGUAGGUCUCGUCAAAAUUACAAAUAUUAUAAAUAUAUUAUAAAUAAUAAAAAAUAAAGAUUUAAAGACUA